UUGCGGAGCUUGGACAAGGCGUGGAGAGAGGUCGUUCGCUCGCUGCCUGCGUCUCUCUCAAGCCGAGGCGCGCGACAAACACCACGAGCGCAGAUCUCGAAGAGGCUCAGCUGGAGAUCUCACCGCACCGUUCCUCCUCGAAAGACACGCGGAGCAACGCUCCUGCCAUGAAGGAAGAGGGCACUCAGCGGCGUCGGUUCUCUCUCUACGCCGGCAUCGUGUCUCCGCCAAAGCACGCCUCCCGCAAGCUCGUGAGAAAUGCGUCUUUCGGCGGCUACAAUGAGAUCACGUUGCCCUGCCCAGUGGAUAAAGAUAAGGGCACGUUGAUACCCAAAGACCUCACGCCACUCACCAUCUCCAAAAGUAAGUCCGAGUCUAAGCUGUACAAUGCGCUCGAGAAGGAGAGCAGCACACCCUCACACCAGAAGCUCACCAAGAAGGAGACCCUCAAAGUGCAAAAGAAAAACUACAGGCAGGAGAAGAAGAGGGCCACUAAAGAGAUGCUCAGCACACUCAAAGACCCAGCGGUGGUCAUUCUCUCCGACUGGCUAAAGAUCCGAGGUUCUCUGAAGAGCUGGACCAAGCUGUGGUGCGAGCUCAAGCCCGGCGUGCUGCUGCUGUACAAGAGCUCCAAGCACGGCCAGUGGGUGGGCACCGUGCUCCUCAAUGUGUGCCAGAUCAUCGAGAGGCCCUCCAAGAAGGACGGCUUCUGCUUCAAGCUCUUCCAUCCCCUGGACCAGUCCAUCUGGGCCAUCAAGGGCCCGGAAGGAGAGACGGUGGGAGCUUUAACGCAGCCCUUCCCCAGCAGCUACCUGAUCAUACGGGCCACCUCGGAGUCUGACGGCCGCUGCUGGAUGGACGCGCUGGAGCUGGCGCUGCGCUGCUCCAGUCUGCUCAAGCGCACGAUGGCGCGGGAAGGCAAGGACGUGGAGAAGGUCGUACAGGCCGACGGCACCCUGCUGGGGCUGCUCCGCACUGGGACGCUGCACGACGGCUCGCAGACACAUGAGAGCGAGGCGACGCAGACGCACCUCACGGACGCGGAGGGGGUGUCCGACAGGUCGGACAGCGACGGGGACGAGGGCGCGCACAGCGAAGACAGCGACUCGGACACGUCGGAGAGAGCCGAUGACAGCAUCAGGGGCAGCGGGCGGCUCAAGGAGACCACGUACUGCCAGCAGACCGACGAAGAGCUGGGCCAGGUGGGGGAACUGUCGCAGAUGGAGGAGGUGUCGGAGGAGCACAAGGGUCUCAUCUGGGGUCUCAUCAAGCAGCUGCGGCCAGGCAUGGACCUGUCGCGCGUGGUGUUGCCCACCUUCGUGCUGGAGCCGAGGUCUUUUCUGGACAAGCUCUCCGACUACUACUACCACGCCGACCUGCUCUCGCAAGCGGCAUUGGAGGAGAAUGCCUACGGCCGCAUGAAACAGGUGGUACAGUGGUAUCUCUCCGGCUUCUACAAAAAACCACAGGGACCAAAGAAGCCUUACAACCCAAUUCUUGGAGAAACGUUCCGAUGCAUGUGGUACCAUCCCUCUACCGACAGCAAGACCUACUACAUCGCUGAGCAGGUGUCUCAUCAUCCUCCCGUCUCGGCAAUAUACGUCAGCAACCGGAAGGAUGGCUUCUGUAUCAGCGCCACCGUGUUCGCCCGAUCAAAGUUCUACGGAAACUCGCUGUCGGCGAUCCUCGACGGCACGGUCCGCCUGAGCUUGCUGGAGCGAGGGGAGGAGUACGUCAUCACCAUGCCCUACGCCCACUGCAAAGGCAUUCUGUAUGGGACCAUGACACUGGAGCUUGGUGGAAAGAUUGGAAUUGAGUGCCAGAAGACCGGCUACAGCGCCAGCAUUGAGUUCAAGCUCAGGCCCCUGCUUGGUGGAAAUGACUGCGUGAAUCAGAUUUCUGGAAAAAUCCAACUCGGAAAGGAAGUCUUCUGCAACCUGGAAGGCCACUGGGACCGAGAGGUGUUCAUCCAGGACCACAAGACGGGAGCCUCGGAGGAGUUCUGGAAUCCGGACGCCGAGGUCAGGGCACGCAGACUGACGAGGCACCUGGUGCACCUGGAGGAGCAGGGCGACUACGAGUCGGAGAAGCUGUGGCAACACGUCACGACGGCGAUCUCACAGCGGGAUCAGCACGAGGCGACGCAGCAGAAGUUCCUGCUGGAGGAGGCCCAGAGGGAGGGGGCUCGUGAGCGCGCCGAGCAGCAGGAGGAGUGGACGCCGUGCCUCUUCGAGUUGGAGCCCCUCGUGGGAGAGUGGCAGUACAAAUACGCAGACCUCCGCCCGUGGGACCCUCUCAACGACAUCGCGCAGUACGAGCAGGACGGCGUGAUCCGGACCCACGUGCGGCACGACUCGAGCGUGGCGCGCUGCGCCAGCGCCCUGGGGCUCAGUCCGAGCGCCGCCCGCUCCUUCCUGCAGCGCCGCCGGAGAUCGUCCAAAGACGAGAAGAGGAGCGAGCGACGUGACCAGGAGAGCCGGGCAUCGACACCCGACCUCGAUCACCGCGACUCCUCCGACAUGGACGAGCCAAGAUGCCACACUAAAAUGCACAGAGGGGACAUGCAGGAAGUCUUCACUGUGUUGAAAUCCAUCAGAAAAACGCAGGAUGACAUCUGCAGCAAGGUUAAGGAACUCGUCCGACAGACCUCGGUGCCAAAGGCCGCCAGGGAAAGGCGGCCGUCCAACCGCGAGUGGCUGCUCCUGUGCAUGCUGGUGAUCUGCCAGGCCCUGCUCGCCUACGUCCUCAAAUAGCGGCCGCCUCGGGUUCUCACCCCUCUAGGCCAAUGGACUGUGCUCAGAGUGUGGGACACUGAUGAUGGGUAGGUGAGAUUGGGGGGGCGGGGGGAGAAAGGGCCAUGUCCCGGAGGCGGGUUGGGUGCAGGGAUAUCCGAAUACUACUGUGUAGGUUCCACGGUUGCGCUGCAUGGCUCUGCGAUGUGUUUUUCGGGUUGUACCGCGCGCUGUUGGGCACGAUGGCCGGCGUUUUUGCUCCGCGUGUUUGGAGCUUCUUCAAGUCAUCUGGAGGAUCUCUCUCCCGAAAACACGUCGGAGAGCGAUUGGAUGUUCCAAUUUCGAUUUAAAGCUUUCGUGACUGCAGGGAUUCAUCUUCUUGGUUCUUUCGGUACUUCCCUUCUACGUGACUUUACCGAAAGAACCAAGAAGAUGGAUAUUCCAAGUUUGAACUCCGAAAUACUCAUGGGGCAUUUCCACUUACAAGCCACACGUACAAUAUAUAACCCAACGUUAAUUUAAAUUGUGCUUGACCAAUCCUGUCAUGAUUUAUGGAAUUGAAGAGAGCACGGUUUGAGUCCUACCAUGAGCAAUCCACUUCUCCGCGCCAAAACAUCCUACUACUACGACCACCACUACGACAUAAUUAUUUUCACAGAUUUUCUUUAACGGAUAUCUUGUCCAACAAAAGUACUUAAGUUUCAAGGCAAUAUAUUUAUUAUUUGACGAGGGUGAGCAACGAUUGAGAUGAUAACCCGGUUUAUGUGGGGGAUGCAUUCCUGAAAGGCACGAGGAGUAUCGAAACGAUGUCAAGCGAAGCGACUUGCAGGGUAAAUUUCGAUUUAAAGCUUUCGUGACUGCAGGGAUUCAUUUUCUUGGUUCUUUCGGUAAAGUCACGUAGAAUGGAAAUAAUAAAAUAAUAAUAAGUAUUAUAAAUAAA